AUGUCAACUGCGAGGACCCAGCCCUCCGUCACGAAAAUACUGGCUACAGUAAUUAUCCUGGCAUGCAUCAACGUGGUCUCCACAGCUUCGACGUCCAAGCUGGUCAGAAUAGGGAGUUUUGCGGCCAAUUCUGACCUGACCGAGGUUUCUCAUCGACGCUUCUUGCGAACGUCCGUUGCCGAAGAGAGAAAACUUGCUUUAAGCUUUCCAUGGCUUGGACAAGCCGUAAGUGGUACACAGUCCUGGGCAGCGACGUUGCUUCAGACACUCCAACAAAAGUGGUCACAGAUGAGAAUGAAAUCUCCGAAUGAUAUGUUCAAGAAGCUGAAACUUGACAAUACGGGCGACCAACUGUUCAGCAGCCCAAGAUUUUCCAAGUGGCUCAGCUACGUCAGGACAAACAGUAAGACAAACCCCGACAUGGCAAUCUUUUCGACAUUGGCAUAUCAUUACAGCGACGAAGCUUUAGUUAAAUUGCUUGAUGCAGCCAAGAAGGUCGACAGCACAAAAGUUCUCGCUACUAAACUGGAGGGCCUUCAGUUCACAAAUUGGGUCCACGCUAGGGAAUCCCCUGAAUACGUUUUCAAGGUUCUGGCACUCGAUCGGAUGGGGUCAAACACCUUUACCAGUCCUCAGUUUUCCAAAUGGCUGUCAUAUAUGAAUAAAGCCGAGACGAGCGACCCGGAGAUGGCCAUUUACAGAGUAUUGGGAACAUACCAUAGCGAUGACGUCCUGGUAAAGAUGUUCGCUGCUGCAAAACAAGCUGAAAGUACACGAGCCCUUGCCUCAUCACUGGAAAAAGUUCAAUUUGAAAACUGGGCUCGCGGUGGUGAAUCUCCUAGCCACGUUUUCAAAGCUUUGGCGCUUGAUCAGAUGGAUACACAAAUUUUUGCAAGCCCGCAGUUUUCUAAGUGGACUUCAUUUGUUUCUAAAGCAAACACGAAGAACCCGGAUGUAGCCAUGUACACAACACUGGGAACCUUCUACAGCGACGAUAUUCUGGCGAAGAUGUUUGCAGCAGGUAAACAAGUCGACAGCACGAAAGGUCUUGCCACUAGACUAGAAGGAAUCCAGCUGGCAAACUGGGAGAACGCUGGUAAAUCAGCUGAGAGCGCCUUUAAAACGCUGAAGCUCGACACUUUGCCUGGGAGCCAGCUAUUCGAGAGUCAGUUCAUCAAUACGUGGGCCUCUUUUGUGACCAGGACGCACAAGGAUCCAGAUGCAAUUAUGGUUGCGCUGUUAAAAGAUCGAUAUGGUGAUGAGACUCUCGCGAAGAUGAUUGCGGCGGCCACCAAGACUGAAAGGACGGAGAAGCUAGCUGUGGAUUUACGCUCUGCACAGUUUAAGACGUGGUUCAGCCAAGGCAAAACCCCCGAGAAUGUCAACACUCUGUUCAAGGUAGCAGCUAAUUCUGACGACCUGACGAAGAAAAUAUCACGAGAAUACGAUAUAUUCUUUAGCAAAAGCAAGGUGGCUUUCAAUAGACCGGCGAACAGACCUGCACGGAAUGGGAUUUAUAUAGCAGGAUAA